UGGAGAAAGCCGAGAGGAGAAGGCAGCAGCAACAAUCGGUGCUUCCUGGUCCAGUGUCAUGUGUGGGCUGAACUGGACCGAAAUGUGGCAGCAAGUCCUUCAGAGCGUCCGGUCCUUUGAAUAUCCCCAGAGUGCGAUUGUGGUAUCCACAGCCCUGGGAGCUGGAGGGCUCCUGACUUGUUGGCUCCUGUCUCGACAGAAAAUCAAGACCUUAGAGGUGGGAGAUGGAUGGUGGGGUUCAGGCGAGAGGCCCCCAAAAGAAAAAGAAGAUGAGAGCAUCCGACCUUUCCGAAUUGAAACCUCAGACAGGGAAAUCCAGGACCUGCACGAGCGCCUGGACAGGGCCCGCUACACACCCCCACUGGAGGGGGCUGCCUUCCAGUACGGAUUCAAUACUACCUACCUGCGGCGAGUUGUUGCCUACUGGAGGAACCAGUUUAACUGGCAGAAACAAGUGGAAAUUUUGAACCAAUAUCCACAUUUCAAAACUACCAUUGAAGGGAUCGACAUACACUUCAUCCACGUGAAGCCCCUGCAUGUCCCCAGGGGUCAGAUAGUCCGGCCUUUGCUAAUGGUGCAUGGCUGGCCUGGCUCCUUCUUUGAGUUCUAUAAGAUCAUCCCGCUGCUCACUGACCCAGCCAGACAUGGCCUGAAUGAGGACGUGGUGUUUGAGGUCAUCUGCCCGUCCAUCCCUGGUUAUGGCUUCUCUGAGGCACCUCACCAACGAGGCUUUGACACUCUGGCUGCUGCCCGGAUAUUUCACAAGCUGAUGGAAAGGCUGGGCUUCAAGGAGUUCUAUGUCCAGGGGGGAGAUUGGGGCUCCCAGAUCACCACAAACAUGGCUCAAAUGCAAGCAAAGCAAGUGAAAGGACUCCACCUGAAUUUGGUCUUCAUAAGCUCAAGCGGUUUGGGGAGACUGGUGUCUUUGAUACUUGGGGCCUAUGUACCAUGGCUUGUAGGCCUGACCAGGGAAGAUUCCCGCCGCUUAUUUCCAUACUUGGAAAAGAGUGUGUAUGAAAUCCUACGAGAGUCUGGCUACUUGCACAUCCAGGCUACAAAGCCAGACACAGCAGGCUGUGGAUUAAAUGAUUCCCCUGUAGCACUUGCUGCCUACAUUCUGGAGAAGUUUUCUACUUGGACUGAUAAAUCAUUCCGGGACCUGGAUGACGGAGGUCUGGAAAGAAAAUUCUCUCUGGAUGACCUUUUGACCAAUGUGAUGAUUUAUUGGGUGACUUCAUCUAUUGUGCCCUCUAUGCGUUUCUACAAGGAGAAUUUUUCCACAAAUCCUACCACUGCUCCACAUGCCAGGGUUGGAGUGUAUGUCCCCACCGGCCUUGCUGUCUUUCCUCAGGAGCUUAUAUACACACCAUGCACUUGGGCAAAGAAGAAGUUCAAGAAUAUAGUCGCUUACACUUACAUGCCACGUGGGGGGCAUUUUGCUGCUUUUGAAGAACCAAAGCUGCUGGCAGAAGACAUCAAGCAGCUGGUGAGAAAGGUGGAAUGUCUGUAAGCCACUGGCAGCAUUCAUGGGAGUGUGAAUACACACAGGGCUAACAACUGCACCACUGCUUAUACCUUACGCAAUCUGUUCAUUUGAUUGAAGCUUUCAGUUGAUUUUUGCUAGAUGCCAGAUUAAUUCAAAUAACCAAGCUCUAGAUUUUUUUUUUUUGUAUAUAAAUAAAGUUCUCUCUAAUGUA